GAUGUUCUUCUUUAUUCUACUUCACAUUACUUUUCCAGAGAUACCCGUGGCAUCUGGCAACUUCUCUUCUGGCAAGGAACUUGGAUCCCUGGGACCUUCACAUAAGAUCUCAUCCUAUCUAUAGACUCAGUUUCCAGAGAAUAUGUCCUCCAUGUUUGAACGUGAUGUCAAGAAGCUAGUCAAAGAGCUGGGGAAGGGGGAUCUCAUACCUGUCCAGAGUCUUCUCCAAUCUACUCGUUUCCGCCCUUUCUGCCUGAUUCGGAAGAAGGCAAAAAAAUUUCCCUGGUUCUUUGAACCGACCUUUUUUGAUACAUAUUUCUCCCUCAUGGACAUCUUAGAGCCAAGUUCCUCAGUCGCAGAAGUGACAUCAAGCAAACCCCUCCAUUUCUAUGAAACAGAAUAUAAUGAGUUAAAGGGAGAGAUGGAUCUGAAUGUGACCAAUGAGGUGCAGGGGAAGGUGACAGGGGCUACCACAUCAUCCCACAAUGUGGUUCUGAAGCUACAGAUGCUCACUGUUGUCCCCCAAAUCUGGGAGGACUUGAUGGAGAGAAAAGUGAAGUCAAAGCACUCCUUCCUUCAAGAGGUGCAAAAUCGUGGGGAAAAACUGUAUGUGGUGGCAGAGGCUAUAGAGAACAUGGAAGACACAAUUCUGAUGCACUCCAACAAAAAGGAAGGCUCAAUACAGGCAUCCUUGGGACAACUAUUAUCCCUCCUAGGCAUUAACUUCAAGAGCCAAACUCAAGGUCAAACAGAUGGAAAAAAGGGAGUGAGUGUUAACCAGGGCUGCAUCUUGGCUUUUCGGGCUCUGGAGCUGUUCAUUCACAAUGAUAAAUGGAGAGUUACUUAUAUUCCUGAGAUGCAAAGAAGGAGUCAUGUGGAAGAAUUCUACAUUGAUAGAUUGACUGGGAAAUAUAUCAGUGCUCCAAGAAAUUUUGAGGAAUUUCAGGAAAUGAUGAUAAGGGAGCAAGAAGCUCUUUCCAAAGGGUCCAGAGAGCUCCAGGUCACACUACUCCACGUAAUCCAAGAUAUACUAGGAAACAGAAAGGCUCUACAAGACCUGGAGGACAUGCUGGAUCAAGUGCCAGACAUGAGAGAGAAGGGGCAAUUGGAAGGCCCUGGGGUCUGCAUCCUAAAACACCUACAAGACAACUCAGAAGAUGCAUCCAACCAACAGACAGAGAGCAUCCUCUACUUCCUCGGUGCACUAAUGAUCCUGACUGACACUCAGCAAGAGCUGCUGGACCAGUCCCUGGAGAAGAGGAUCCUGCCUCAGCAGCUGGAACUGGUUAAGAGUAUCUUGAAAACAAACUUCCGAGAACCAGGAGAAAGUUCAUUCUCUGUCCAUCCAGAGCUUCUGUCUGAACUCAAAGAUGAAGAUCAGGCUAUCACAAUGAAUCUGAUGAAAGAGUGUGGCCUAAAUCUUGAGUGUGCUGGAUCUCAGACAAAAUGGAAUAGAGAGGCAGAAAGCUCUGUCUGUGCUCUGUAUGUGGUCAUCUCAUUCCUGCAGCUGCUGACUCAAGCUUAACUCCCUGGCAGCAACUAUUCAUUCAGAAUGCAUGAAGAGGAAACAGAAAAGGUGAAUCCUCUAAACCCUACUAGUAUCAUCUCUUUUUCUUUUGGGCCAGCCACAUUCUACCUUAUAAAUAUCCUUAAUGGUGUAUAUAUUUUCCCUUCUACAAGGUUGAAAAUUCCUUGAAGAAAAGAGAUCUGUUGCAUCCCUUUCAGUACCUACUACAUUGCCCUGCACAAAAUAAAUUUCCACUAAGCAUUUAAUUGCCGAAUUUAACUAAAAAAGAAAUAGUCUAAAAUAGAACAUUCUACCAUAGCAUAAUAUUCCAAGUGCAAUACACAAAUUAACUAUUCUAUAAGAGCCUAGGUAAAAUCCACUCAUUCAUUCAACAAAUAUUGAAGGACAGCUGAAGGGUACAGUGGACAUAGCAUCAAGUCUGGAGUCAUUAGGAAGUGGGUUCAAAUUUGACCUCAGACACUUCCUACUUACAUGACCACACAUGGGUCAUUUAAUCCUGCUUUCCUAGCCCUUGGCCUUCUGUCUUUCAUUUGUUACUAGAACAGAAAGUAAGGGUUAAAAAAAAACAAAUAUUGAGGACCUACUAUGUGCUAGGAACUCUUCUAUAUUCUACAGGAGAAUGGAGGGAGUAAAAAACUUAGACCUGAUGAUAUACAUACAAAAUCAAAGAUAAUCCUUAACUUCAAGGCACUUACAUUUUAAUAGAAUAAAAAUGUAUAAAGGGGAGCUGGAAAUGCAGGUGAGGGGAGAAGAGAAGAAAUGAAAUUGUUAUGGCAAAGAGGUGGCUACACAACUAGUAAAUAUCUGAGUUUGGUGAGUCUUCCUGAUUCCAACAUCAAUACUCUAUCCACUGAACCACUUAGGUGCCUGAGUGAUUAUCUGCAUGUCAUGUUUGUACUCAUGUCCUCUUUAACUAUUGUACUAUCUAUUCUUCUAUUUUAAAAGUACUUUAAAAAAUGUACUCUGCUUAACUAGCUAUAUAUUAAACAAGAUAACUGAAUAAUAAUUAAUUAAUAAUUAGGAUUUGUCUGCCUAAACUUUGUACAUGUCAACACAAAAAAUUUUUAAAUAAAUGUGUAUAAUCAUAUUCUUCUUACUAAAAGUAUUAUUAAUAAUAU